GAAAAGGGAAGCUCUGUCACUGCACAUUGUACUCACACAUAGAGAGACACAGAGAGAGAGAGAGAGAGAGAGAGAGAGGUGGAGACAGAGAGUAACAUUCCUGACCAGACAGCACGCUGGCGGUAGGCAGCCCAAGAGCCACAGAGAGAGGUGUAAUUACUGAAUAAAGAACAAAAGCACAGCCACCAGGCACAGCUGGUUCCGAGCCGGUGCUGUGGUCCAACAGCAGCGCAGAAAAAAAAACUCAUGGACGACUUGGAGAGGAGAGAGGAGAAAGACAGUGCACAUAGAGACAGCGACACAGCGGCUGGGGAUCCUGAUGCCUCGGGCGGAUACGAGAGUAAUGUUCCGCUCCCCUCAGUGUCCGAGCUGAGACAGUGUGAGCUGGAAGUGGGGGCACUGCUGAAGAUCAUCUCAGAGCUCAACGCAAAGAUGGGCUCUCUGCAAGCCCCAAGGGAUGGGGAUGAGUGUACAUCAGAGGGCCGAGUCAGCUGCUCCACUCCAGACUUCCCCCCCAGCCCCGGACCACUGCUCCACCCAGAGGAAGAGCCUGGCAUCAGGACUCCAGCCCCAGUGACCGAGAGAGGAGACAGCGGGGAAGUCUGGACCGAGCUGCAGGAGGCUCUGUCCACCCUGGAGAGGUCGGCGAACAGGGGGAGGUCCUUGGUGACCGUUCCUCAGCCGCUGCGGGAUGAGGAGACGCGAACGCAGCACCUCAGUGCGGCUCAGGAGAGCUGGGUGAAGGUCACCCAGGUGCUGGAGGAGAUGGAGCGUGAGCUGGGCUUCUCCUACCGCUCCGCUCUGCCCUCCGAGGAGAGGCAGAGCUACCAGCGCGACGUCCUGGAGCUGCACAGGCACAACAGCAGCCUCCGCUCCGCCCUCCAGAGCAGGCAGCAGGAGCUGGGCCUGUCCGACAGCGCACUCCACGAGAUGGAGGACGAGAAGAAAAAACUACAAGAGAAGCUGCUGGUGCUGAAGCGUCGGUGGCUGGUGGCCGGCAGCCUCUCCCCUCCCCGUAGCCCCUCCAGCUCCUCCAGCGGAGCGGUCAGCCCCUCCUGGGCCUCCCCUCCCUUCCCGGGCUCCCCCCUCCUCCUGCGCAGGCACGUGGCUGCCUUUCCAGCCGUUUCCACAGGGGGCGACGUCUCACCGUCCAGCCCCUGUCCAAGCCCGAGCCCAGUGCUGCCCGGCAGCCCCAGUCUGGAGUCGGAGACAGACCGUCUGCAGAGGUGUCUAGAGAGGCUGAAGGCCCGAAACGAGCGCCUCUCAGCUGCUCUGGAGAGACGGAAAGGAGAGUCGGAGCAAAUCAGCAUGGCCCUCAGCCGGCACGAGGCCGACAGCACCGCCCUGCAGAUGGCCCUCCGAUACUGCGAGGAGUGCGAGGAGACAUACGCUGAUCUCCUGGGUCUGUACGAGCGGCGGAGAGGGCAGGGGGCUGCCCAGGCGACAGAGGGCAAAGACAGUCAGCUAUCUAGCGCCCAGACUGAGGCUGAGAAACUGCAGACUGAGACAUCAACAGCAGAGGGCGCUACGCAGAGAGGAAAACCCUCACAGACCAGGUUGGCAGCUGAGGAUUUCUCUCAGCAGAUGGAGAGUCUGAAGGAGAAGAUCGUCGGGCUGAGGCAGGACAGGGCUGCACUGCGCAUCCCAGAGCAAGGGCCCGUGGGCGGGGGGAAGAUGAGCCCGGACACCGGAACCCUAGCGGGGCCCAGGGGCCACAACACCACCUCUAGCCCCAGAGGAGAGAAGGCCGCGCUGCUGUACGAGCUGGUCACUGUUAGGGAGGAAAUGUCCGAGCUGCGUGGGGCCAUCCGUCUGACGGAGAAGGAGAAGAGAUGUCUGGAGUGGACACUGAUGGCCCAGAGGGCCCAAGACGAGGCCGGAGCCCUGCUGCUGGACAGCCUGAAGGAAGAGCUGGAGGAGAGAAGCAUGGAGCAGCAGAGGGUGUCCAAUACCAGGGAGAGAUCUAACAGUGGCGGAGGAAUCCCUGGCCCCAGGAACCGCACCAUUUUCCGUGAGCUGCAGGCUGUCCUACAACGAGAGCAGCUCAUGAAGAGGAGGGUGACUGCCCUGCGUGACUCUCUGGAUACCAAGCUCUCGGACGGCACAGCACUCAGACGGCAGAGUGACGAGGAGGCGGCCCGCCUCACCGACGCACACAGUAAGAUUUCCAGCAUGUACAGGAACGCUCGUCGGAAGCACCGCGAGCAGAUCUGGAGGCUGGAAAAGCAAAUGGCCGCCCUGUCUGAACGUCACAUGACCCAGAUCACAGAGCUCCAGGCCACCCUGGAGAAUCUGGAGGACAGGAGAGAGGAGACUGUGCUGUGAGAGAGUGAGCCAGACAAGAAAGAAAGAAAGAAAGAAAGAAAGAAAGAAAGAAGGAGUUUGGAGAGGUGGCUUCCCACUCAACAGAUGUUAGAUGAUAAAUGAGCUGUGCAUGUCAGUGUAAAUACAGCUUUGGAUUAAGAGCACCCACUGAUUGUUUGUAUGAAUUGAAAUUAAACAAAGUUUUAAUAGUCAGGGUCAUGUCAAGGCAAGUUCUGUAAGUGCUUUCAAAUAAAUGCAGUGUGAACUUUCAAAGGGCGCCAAAUAAUGAGGUAUCUCUUGUGUGCAGAAAGACACCGAAAUGUUAAUAGUAUGUGCCAAAGGUCAUGUCUCUCUCUCUCUCCCUCCUUUCCACACACACACACACACACACACACACACACACACACACACACACACACACAUACACACACACAUGCAAACUGUGAGAAGGACUUUGCAGUCCACUCUAGUCUGUCAAAACAAUUAAAAAACGGAGGGAAGCGGGGGGAUGGGCAGAACAAAGGAGGAUGAGCUCAGACAGUGCUAGAAAGAGCAGGCGAGCGAGCGAGUGUGGAAGGAGCAGGAUGAUCCGGAGAGAAAGGGAGACUUCGAGAGAAAAAAAACAGAGAAGGAGCGAUACAGUAAUACAUACACAAACACUGAUUGAAAAGGGAGAAAUCAAACCAGACAGGUCUGUCCAAGAAUAGCAACAAAGAAGCAGCGCCGUUGUCUUAUUUGGCCUAUUUUUCUGGCCCUGUUCUCGGGAUCUUUCAGCUCACCCCCCACGUACCCCUGCCCCCACCUUGCAGUGAGUCACGCUUCAUUUGGGUGCCCUCUGCCAUGCCUGCCUGGCUGGCUGCUGCCUGCAGCUGGGAGUGGGGGGUCACGCAGGGGGGGCGCAAAGGUUGAGUGUCAGAGCCCCGGGGUCAGGAGGUCACCCGGCUGUUGUUCAGGAGUUUGAAAGCCGGGUUCAGAAAGGCCACGCACUGCCGCUAGGACCCAACGACCUGAAACCCAUCCCCCCUCCCGCCCCUCCAGUCCUGCCCUCAGCUCAACCCAACCCCCACCCCUCAGCUCACUGUGUGUGUUUGGGAGAGUGUAUGUGAUGGCUGUGUGUAUCGUGCAGGGUGAUGGGGGUUAUCAUCUCAGACUGGUCAUGUUUGUGUUACUGUUCUGCAUUCACUGGUUUGUCACAUAACAAAGGGUGACCUGAUCACAUAGCUCUCUCAAACCCAAGCCAGUAGUUAUUUGCUGGAAGUCAUUUUGCCUGUCUUGUGCACACACUUCCUAUCAACAAUCGCUUUAAAUAGAAUAAUAAAAUGCCCUUGCAUUCAAACUGCAAGGGUGUAUUAAAAAGCUAGACAUAUCAAGUGCCUUCUGCCAAAGUACUAAGAAUAUGUAGUCUUGCUUGCUUUCAUUUAUCCUGAUGUUUGUGCAUUGAGAGAUGCCUCCACCACAGAGUUGCAUGGAAACCUCAAGGGGGAGCUACAAAAAGCGACAAGUCCUGCAAGAAAAUCAUCACUCACUGUGUACUGUGUAAAAGUGUGUUCCUGCGUACUGAACCUAUCUGGGGCCAUUCAGUCUAACACAUCAGAUAUCCAUCACUAGUAUAGAUUAAACAAACCAAAAAUAACCUUUCCCUUCAGGUUUAUUUCUCACAGAUAUGAGCCGAAGCUACAUAAUUUAUGGAUUUUUUAUUUUUAUUUACUUUAUUAAAAACCAUGCUACGGGGUUCAAAUGUAUCCGUGGCUAUACUGACAUCAGUUGUAUCUGAACACCUGUAUUUUAAUGAACAUUAAAAAAUUUGUAAAUCU